UUCCCGGAAAUGACGCUAGACCCGCCCCUGAGGAAGUGACAACAGGAGUGCCCUUGACGGGCAGGCCGGCUGGGCUCUGCAUCCCUCUACUCGCACUGCCGGGAGAUGGCUCAGCGGCUCCUCCUGCGGAGGUUCCUGACCUCAGUCAUCUCCAGGAAGCCUCCUCAGGGUGUGUGGGCUUCCCUCACCUCGAAGACCCUGCAGACCCCUCAGUACAAUGCUGGUGGUCUAACAGGAAUGCCCAGCCCAGCCCGGACAGUACACACCACCAGAGUCUGUUCGACGACCUUUAACGUCCAGGAUGGACCUGACUUUCAAGACAGAGUUGUCAACAGUGAGACACCAGUUGUUGUGGACUUUCAUGCACAGUGGUGUGGCCCCUGCAAGAUCCUAGGACCGCGGCUAGAGAAGAUGGUUGCCAAGCAGCACGGGAAGGUGGUCAUGGCCAAAGUGGACAUUGACGAUCACACAGACCUUGCCAUUGAAUAUGAGGACCUGUCACAUGAUGGGCAAGGACUGCAGGAUGGGGCCCAGUGGCCUUCACUUCUCUCUUCGGCCCACUCUGAUCAUCAUCUCAGUCUGGCCUCUGAGAUGACUCACCCCACAGCCCUCAGGCUGUGUGAAGACCUGGUGUCAGCUGUGCCUACCGUGCUGGCCAUCAAGAACGGGGACGUGGUGGACAAGUUUGUGGGGAUCAAGGACGAGGACCAGCUAGAAGCCUUCCUGAAGAAGCUGAUUGGCUGAUGAGCAGGGAGGAGGCCUGGCUACCCUUGCCUGCUGGAAGUCUGUUUUGGGGAGGAGCCUAGUAGAACUCCCAGCCCUCAGCUGUCAUCCUUCCUGCCCUGCCCCUCUGUUUUGUCCUGGUGGGUCUUGCCUGUGACAGCAGACCCUCCAAACCUAGGAGCUACCAGCACUUCAGAGCCAGCCCUCAGCCGGGGUGGCCAGGAGAGGGCCAAUGCUACCGCUGGUGUGGGGGGCAUUCUUGUGCACCUCCUACUGUCUGCUCCUCCUGUGCACCUACUGUGUGCUUCUUCCGGGGCUUGUUGCUAUUCCCCUAGAUGCUGGAGAAAGCCUGGACCAGCCUGUAGCCUGACCGCACUGAUGGUCGCCCAGUCCCCAUCUCCGUGGCCCUCUGAAGCCCCAGCCCCCACACAUCAGCCCUGACCGCACUGAUGGUCGCCCAGUCCCCAUCUCCGUGGCCCUCUGAAGCCCCAGCCCCCACACAUCAGCCUCUGACCGCACUGAUGGUCGCCCAGUCCCCAUCUCCGUGGCCCUCUGAAGCCCCAGCCCCCACACAUCAGCCUCUAGCACAUCUCCUCUCCUGCCUCUGCUUGAAAAGGAAACCAGAAGCCGAACAAGUGAGAGUAAUGGAUAAUUCUCUCAUUCUUUUUGUAGGUCUCUAAUAAAGAACUUUGUGUGGCCCUUCUUCCUCUUGCUGUGAAGAACAGAGCCCACCCCAUAACCUAAAUCUGUCCCUUCUAUUCCUUGUUCCCUCCCUGAGUUAGCUGGGCCUUGGUUCUGGGUCCCUGAGCAGGAGGAGGAGCUGUGAACAAGUCAGACCAAUAAAACCAGCUUUGCACUGCCA